UUGAUGAGGGCUUUUCCUCCAUGCCGUGGCACCGUCACUUUCCGUAAAGACUAGGCACGUCGUUUAUAAGGGACGGAUACGGCGUGACAUCGUGCCGGCAAUUGAUGUCUUUAUAACCUACCCGGUCCCUCACCACCUAUUGGGAAUCGUUCACACGUCCUAUUCAACUUCAGUUGCUGCUUCGUAUCCGAGUCCCUGUUUCUUGCUAUUCAUUUCCACGAAUCUCCGUCCGGGCCCUUUAGUAACCAUGGCUGCCGCCGAUCAACCCAAGGUUAAGCUCUACUGGUUGGAGCAGUCCCGUGCUCAAAACAUACUCUGGCUCCUAGAGGAGCUCAAGGUGCCCUACGAGCUCGAAACCUUCCGCCGAGUCGACAAGUUCGCCCCGCCGGAACUGAAGAAAAUCCAUCCGCUCGGCAAGUCUCCCGUCAUCUCGGUCACGCCGGUGGGGUCUGCCGAGCCCAUUGUCCUCGCCGAGAGCGGGUUCAUCACCCAAUACCUCAGCGAGCAUUUCGGCGGGAACACGACCAUGAUGCCCAGGCGUUGGAAGGACGGCCAGGAGGGCAAGGUCGGGGGCGAGACGGAGCAGUGGCUACGGUGGCAAUACUAUCUGCAUUUCGUCGAAGGGUCGCUGAUGCCGAUGCUGAUCAUGGCCAUGGUGCUGGGAGUGCUCAGCAGCCCCACGAUCCCCUUCUUCCUUCGCCCGAUCACGUCGAUGGUGGCUAGGCAACUCUUCAGCAGCCUCGUCUUCCCGAACGUGAAGGCGCAGCUGAGCUUCCUGGAGCAGCAGCUGAAGACUUCGGGGGGCGACUACUUGUGCGGCCCGGAGCUUACGUCGGCAGAUGUGCUCCUCAGCUUCGGCCUCAUCACGGCCAAAGACAAGUUCGAGUCCUUUGGCGCGUGGGAAAGCGGCGGGCCCAAGACGCUGUUCCCCAGGCUGUUCGCAUAUAUCGAAAGGCUAGCGGCCCACCCCGGGUAUAAGAAAUCGGAGGCGAAGAUCAAGGAGAUAGACUCGAGCUUAGGCAUCAGGUUCUCGCUGUGAUAUCCCUUGCCAGCAUACCAAUUCUGCCACGUCCCGCUAGGGACAACCAGCUCGCUUAUUAGAUGACUAUGAUCGGGGGGAUCUUACACCUGAG